GACUGUGCUGUGCUGAGGACUGGCCCUGUGGUGCCCGUGCUGACUGUGACAGGUGCCCCUGGACAGGGCAAGAUUUGGUGACCUCACUGACACUGGCAUUAUAUUCUUUGCAGGACAUUACCUGGUUAGCCAAGCCAUGGGACUGGAAUGAGGGACCCUGCCAUGAGGAAGCCAGGGGCUGCACACCUGCCCUAACCUCACUUACCUGGCACUGCCAGGCUCCCAUGGUGAGGUCACUGCCUGAUGUGGGCACUUUACAGUCACCUUCACCUGGCACAUGACAGACUAGUUUUCUGGAGGUCCCCGGUCCCGGAGAGCUGUGCCCUAUCUGAGAUGCCCGCCAUGCAGUGGUAGAAGAGGACAUGCCAUCAGCCCGGGUUUUGGUCCUGGUUGCCUGCUUCUGGCUCCUCCUGGUCCCGGUGAGGUGCUGUGGUCCUGGCCGGGGUCCAGUGGGCCGGCGCCCGUACCGGCGGAAGCUCGUGCCCCUCCGCUACAAACAGUUCGUGCCCAACGUGCCGGAGAAGAUGCUAGGCGCCAGCGGCAAAACGGAGGGCAAAAUCCGGCGCGAUUCGGAGCGGUUCCGGGAGCUGGUUCUGAACUACAACCCGGACAUCAUCUUCAAGGAUGAGGAGAACACCAGUGCGGACCGAGUCAUGACUGAGCGCUGCAAGGACAGAGUGAAUGCAUUGGCUAUCUCUGUGAUGAACAUGUGGCCAGGUGUGAGGUUGCGGGUUACUGAAGGAUGGGAUGAGGAUGGCCACCAUUCCCAUGAUUCCCUGCAUUAUGAAGGACGUGCGCUUGACAUCACAACCUCAGACAGAGACAAAAGCAAAUAUGGCAUGUUGGCCCGCCUUGCAGUUGAAGCUGGCUUUGACUGGGUGUAUUAUGAGUCAAAAGCACACAUUCAUGUCUCUGUGAAAGCAGACAAUUCCUUAGCAGUCCGUUCUGGGGGCUGUUUUCCUGGCACUGCCAUGGUUGACCUAGCUGGUGGUAAAAGAAAACCUCUUUCCGAGCUUCAGCUUGGUGAUAGGAUCCUCACUACUGAUGAGACUGGACAAGUGACAACCACAGAAGUCUUGUUAUUUUUGCACAAAGACUUGGAUAAACUGGCCACCUUUGUUGUUAUUGAAGCUGAAGGACAUCCUUAUAGGCUACGGCUGACACCAAACCAUCUACUUUUUGUAAGCAAAAACCCACUGGCAGCUUUCCUGCCUGUUUAUGCCCAUGAUGUGCAAGUGGGAGACUUUGUUCAAAUUUACAUCAAUGGCACUCAGAUUCUACCGUCUAAAGUGGUGAGUGUGUCUAUACAAGAAGAAACUGGGGUUUUUGCUCCACUGACAGUCCAUGGUACACUACUGGUAGAUGGCAUUCUAACAUCCUGCUAUGCAACUAUUGAAUGGCAUGAUCUAGCACACAUAUCAUUUGCUCCUUUGAGAUUCCUUUACAACAUGUUCUCCAUAUUGCCACAAUUUGUAGACAGUGAUGGAAUUCAUUGGUACUGCCACUUCCUCUAUGUGCUGGCCAAGAAAGUUCUCAGAUGGGAAAUGCCAUGAAGUGCCAUAUGUUAGGUCAGUAAUUUGGAAAUGCUGCUGAAAUAGGGUCUUGUAGACCUACAGUGACUUCUAUCCGGUGCUUCCUGUAUGCUGCAGAAGCUCAACAAUCACAGCACAUACCCCAUGGCUCCAAAGGACCUCAAAUCCCAAAGUGCCUAUACUAUGAAAGCUGGUGAAUAAUGAUCAUGUUGUUCAGAUGGACCAGCAGCAUGUCAAAGGCUCCAUGAAAUUAGCUUAAGAAGCUGCCAAUUCUUUGUGGAUAACUGGUAAUGGUCAUGUGAGAAGAAUAAGAAAACUCAGAGGAUGGUCAAAAAGUAGAUGUUUGAUCAGUAGCGGAGGAGACCAGGUCUCAUUUUGCAAUUACACUUAAAGCUAAUCCAUCCAUACUUGUACAACUUGUUGCAGAUCACAUGGAUAUUCCAUGGUAGAAUCCAGGUAACUAGUGUUGAUUAGUAUACAGAUUUCAUAUGAGUCUCAAAACCCAACUUUAUCUAGCCAGGUUUUAGGUUUUUGCAGCAUCCGCUUAACAGUAAGUACCAUGUAACUGGCCAUAGAUGAGCACUACUAAAGAGAUAACGAUCUACGUAGAACGUCUUCCAUUUUUGACUGGCUUGGCAUGACUUCAUGUAGUUAGCAUUUGUUCCAUCAGAUAUACAUGCAUACAUCUUCAAGUGUGCUCAGCUACAAACCGAAAUCUGUUGAGCCAGAAACAUAGGAGACAACAAAGGCCAUUGUGCACUGAUUAUUUAUUACAUUGAUUUCAGUUAAAGCUAUGAUCUUCCAGUAUCUGUCCUGAGUAAUGGAAGGUUCUCAUAGAACUUGUUUGAAUGCAGGAAUCCGGCUACACUGGGUGCUACAAGGCAAUAAAACACUAUGCUUUUUACUUAAAGGGGUUCUCUGGGAAUGAUUUGAAAUGGCCACCAGCAACCUGUCCUAGAACGUGAGCAGAACUGGUUGCCUCCACUUGCAGAGCUUCCUAGGGGGGUGAGGGGACAGAGCCUCACUAAACACUACAAUGCUCCACAACAGAUUGUAAUGAUGUGAUCCUGCCUAUGAUAUGCCAUCAUAGCUGAGCAGCCUGACAGGAAUGCUCACUAAUUAUAAGCAAGUGCCAGAGUGUAGUGUGUAGUGAGGCCCCAUCCCCUCACCCCUCUAGGCAGCUCUGCAAGUGAAAGGAACCAGUCAUGGUCACAUUCUAGGACAGGUUGCUGGUGGUCAUUUUAAAUCAUUCCCGGAAAACAUUUUUAAGAGCAGUCUACAGAAUGACAAUAUUAUUUAUGUUUGUACUCAGUGGCAGAGGUGAAUAUGUGAUUCAAUCAAAAUUGUUAUAAGGGAACUACACCCAUGAACAUACAUUUUUAACUUUGGUGUUUGUGGCAUCCUCUUUCACUGGUACACAUUCCUAAAUUAAAGGGUUUUCCAAGAGUAUAAAAUUGAUGACCUGUCCUUAGGAUAGGACAUCAAUAACUGAUCGGUGGGUUCCGAUAUCUGGCACCGCCGCCACCUCUGAUCGCCAGUUUGAAAUGGCCAUGAAUCUUCGGGUAUGUGCUGCAACCUCUCCACAGCAAACCAAGCCCGGUGCCAUACAUUGUACAGUGACCAUGCUUGGUACUGCAGCUCAGGCCCAUUCACUUGAAUGGGACUGAGCAGCACAUGGCCCAUGUGACCUAUGAACGUUAAGUCACCGGCCUAGGAAAAGGCUGCAGCACUAACCUGAGUGGAUUCUUCAAAUAGCUGAUUGGUGCCAGGAGUUGGAACCACCACCAAUCAGAUUGGUAUUGAUGACCUAACUGAGCCAAUAUUCACAAAUAUUAUACUCCUGGAAAAC